GUGUGUGUGUGUAAGGGGUUGAGGAGGGGGUGGCUGUGGGAGAGACACCCCUCCACAAUACCUCCCUCCCUUUAAAAAGGCUGUAUAAAGGAGGUGGGGGGAGAAGCACCUUUGUCACUUUGCUCUCAGACAUAGAGACAAUCACACUCACUGGACACACAAACACUUUGGACACAGACAUUCCUCAGGGACAUACUUAUUGUCCUGACAGAAGAGAUCCUUUUAGGUACUGGACCCUCUGGCGGUGGGCCUUCUGGACUGAAACAGAGCAGGAGACAGAGAACCACAUUGAGCAUCAUUAGUUCAGCUCAAAGCCAGAAGGAUUCUCCAGACUUUUGGAAAAUUAUCAGUAACUAAGCUCUUGAGAAGCUAACUGCUGCCCAGCCAUGAGGGUUUUCAACCUGCUCUACCUGCUCCUGCUACUCGUAACAAUUGUAGCAUCAGUCUCCUCCGCACCAGUCUCCUCCGGCAGACCAGAUUUACUCUACCUAAGGAGAAAAUACCACAGACACCACUACUGCCCCCACAGACGCUGCCUGCCUCUCCACUCCAGAGUACCCUUCCCCUAAGGUUGAAGAACAAGAAUGAAGGUGACCUAAGGAGAGAAAUACGAAAAUGAAGCAACUGCAGUGUGUGGCCUAAACACCAUGGAUGGGUCCCAGUACAAAGACAUAGAUUGUGAAGUGAAGCAGACAGCACGCCAAUGCCCUCCAAAGACACAGAAAGAAACUGUUUUGAUUCCCAACAAAAUAUAAACCAAGAAUUGUUAUGGCAUCCUGGUGGACACAGAUCUGGGUUUGUCCAGGUACAAGCUUCUUCUCUCUUCGUCUUGAAAAGCCAAUGCUUUUAUACUGAACAUGAACGACGGAAAAGGAGCUUCAACAACAUAAAGUAUAUUUGACACUCGACUUAAAAGCUACGGACCAAAGAGCUGGAAACAUCUUAGUGACUGCAGCUACGAUGAACAGCAUCCACAGUAUUCCUACAAAGUGUUUAAUAUUCAUGUAUGCACUUGAAAUGUUUAUUGAAUUACAUUUUAAAUUUUUUAAUAAAAAUGUAUUAAUGUAG